GAUUACGCGCAGGCUCUGCGAAGCUUUUGGCUGUAAAGUAAAAAAAAUAGAAUAAAAUAGUUCUUAGCUUAGUAAAUUGGCCUCAAAUGACGUAAAAAGAAAUGAGUACCGGGACUGAACAGAUAUUUCUUCCUGACUCCGCGAGGAACCUGCCUCACGGAGCAGAAAUGAUGAGGUCGACGAGGCCCGGUAAUGGAGCGCCGACAAUCAACACAACCAAUCUUGAGAAUGUGUCAGACUUCUCCAAGGUAUGCCGUGUGUGUGCGACGGUCACAGAGCUGGUGAUCCCCAUCUACGGUGAAGAAGGCCUACGCAACAAUCUUGCUGAUAAAAUAAAGAGACAUCUGCCUAUAAAGGUAACAGAGAAUGAUGUGUUGCCGCUGGUGGUGUGCUUCCAAUGCUCCAGCACCCUGCUGGCCACGCACGAGCUGGUGGCGUGCAGCCUGCAGGCCGACGCGGCGCUGCGCACUGUGCACGCUCAGCGUGUGAAGCGCGAGCGGCGGGCGCAGCCCCCGCCGCCGCCGCCGCCGCCCGUGGAGCCGGAGCUGGACACCGAGGGCAUUGUCGAGGACCGUCCCGACAACUACCGGCGCUGCGAGUUCUGCCCGCUCGUGGUGCUGAGCACGCUGUACGUCAGCCACCUGGUGGGCCGCCACGCCGACCUGCUGUUCCACUGCGACGAGUGCAACUCGUACGUGGCCCGCCGGCAGUUCGUCGCGCACAUGACCUUCCACGCGCACCAGUACGACGCGAUAGGGCGGCCCCCGGUGCCGAAGCCGUUCUCGGCGCCGCCGUACCCGCUGCCCGCGCCCGCGCCCUCGCGGCCCGACACCACCACCGCGCCCGCCGACUCCACCACGCCCGCCGUCGCCACCCCCGCCCCCGCCCCCGCCGCCGCCGAGCGGCACCGACACCGCGCCGCCCCGGAGCCCGAAGCGGAGGCUCAACCUGUAGCGGUAGCUGAAUCCAAUCCUAAUCCCGUCGAAAUUAUCGAAUCCGACUCUGUGUCCGAUGAUAGUGAUGAUCCUGUUGAAAAUCCUGUGCCGGCUCAAGUGAUCCGGCCCGAAUCGAACGCGCAGGUUGAAGCGACCGAGCCCGAGUCCGAGAAGAAGCCGGCCGUCCGCCAGUGCCCCCACUGCCCCAAGACGUACAAGGCGCCCUCGAGCUACUUCUACCACCUCAAGUACACGCACGGCAAGAGCCGCGAGCACGAGUGCGGCACGUGCGGCCGCCGCUUCGGCACGCGCGGCGCGCUGCGCCAGCACGCCUCGCUGCACGAGCCCGCGCCCGCGGCCGCGCCCGGCCUGCAGUGCGACCAGUGCGGCAAGCGCUUCCGCACCAAGGCGGGCCACUACAUACACGCGCAGACGCACAAGGGUGACAAAGAGAAGAAAUACGCGUGCGCCGAGUGCGGCCGGGCUUUCCGCUGGCGCACCGAGCUCAAACGCCACGUGGCCAGACAUGAGGCGAAACGCACGCACGCUUGUGAGGCGUGCGGCCGGGCGUUCUCCGUGCGCGCGGAUCUGCUGCGCCACGCGCGCACGCACCAGCGCGCGCCGCACGUGUGCCCGGCGGCGGGCUGCGGCCUGACGUUCGCGCAGGCGCGCUACCUGCGCGCGCACGAGGCGCGCAAGCACGGCGACGACGCGCCUGGUAAAGCGCAAGCGCCACGCAAGUCUGCAUAAACUGAUUGUUUAAACUUACCCCCUUAUUAAUUCACUAAAGUUAUCAAGCCGAUAAAGUUCGUGUUCACCACACCAACUGGUCAAGAUCAAAUUUUGCUAUUCAAAAACGGAUAGCAAAAUUGCAUUUUAUCCACAAGAGUGCAAAGUAAUCUCAUACAGAUUUUAACUUGAUACCUUGAGCUGGCUGGUAGAAUUUACCUACAGAUAAUUAUUUUGUAUCGGCUUCAUAACUUUAGCCAUCGUUUAUCGUUACACCAUACGUCUACUAGAACUAGAUUCCAUAGUGUUCGUUUGGGUCGGCUUUCUACUAAAAGUUAGUUAUAGUACGAAGUUAUUGCUGAUUUUAAUGGGACUCAGUCAAUCUGUGUAAGAAUAUUAUUUACUUAUUUGACUUUCCCGAACCAUGAAUCGCUUUUAGUAGACGUGUGCUCGUUGACUCAUUAUUACUAUUACAUAUUAAUAAUGUGUUUCACUCGGUGGCAAAAUUCUUUAACCUACUGCGUGACUUGUAAUAUGUACUCGCAACGCUCAAGAUUCCACAUUGGAAUCUUUAGCUUAUUUGGGAUCAAUAUUGGCACGUGCGGUUAAACAACAACUUGCCCCCUUGUGAAACAAGUAACUGUAACUGUGCCGACUGAGACAAUCAAUGUAAUCGAUGUGUGUACCUAAAAUAUUGUAUCCUACCACUAGUCUCCACACAAGUGUCUGAGAUUCCCCUUGGGUUUGAGACCCUUGUAUUAAGACACUUCACUCCAGGUCUGAGCUCAAUCAUUAUUAAUCGUUUUUUUUGCCAUUUAAAGUAUGUUGGUGGGUAGGUAGCCAAAGAUAUUAAGGGAAGAACUUCCGCUUUGGCAGAAGCAUUUGAAGGGCUCGGGAGAAAUUUUUGAUCGUCAUAGUUUAAGAAUACAGGAAAAUCAUCAUCGUCCACCGGCCCGGCCUAUCCGCGCCCGUAACCAAGCAAACCUCUCUAAUUGGAGAGAAAAACAUGGAGAAAUUUAGGAGAGGCCUAUGCCAAAGGCAAUUAAACAACUACCAGUGUAUAGUGCAUACCGUCUCAUUGGGAACGACGUAGAAUGGUUACGAUCGUCGCUAGGGUACACACUUCUCCUUAUGGCACGCUUAUCCAUAUUGGCCUUACAUCUUUAAUUAUUAACUUAACUUCUUAAAUCCGUUUUCACACUUACGUGCGUUUGCGUGAAAACGGCCUUAGGCCCACCAUAGUUACUUUUCGCAUUUUGAAUUUAAACCUUCUCACCAAUAAGUAAAUUGCAAGAAAAAGCAAUGGCACAAUUGAAUUCUUUAUUUCGUUCAUGGAAGAUUCAAAUUAGAUUGCAACAACGAUGUACACUGUACGAGUACAUUGGGCCUUACGAAGUUAAGCAUAGGGUAAUUAAUAGAGGUUUAAGUCUGAAUUUAAAUACGACAUACCGUCUUUAUUAUUAAACAGUACCUUUUUAAAUUAUUCUAUUCAAUAGGCACCUAUUUGUUAAAAUAUUUUCUUUGUUUUGUUUCCUUUUUGGGAAUCCUGGGGAUUACAGAAAAGUUGCUGAUUAUGACGAAGUUAUGUUGCAAUCGUUUGUAUAAAAAAAACUAUUUUUGUUAUUAUUUGAUUAAUAUAUGUGUAUGCGAUGUGAUUUGGAAUCUAAUUCUGUCAACAUAGAUAUGUAAGACUGAAUACUUCAUAAGUGUAUUAUGUUAAGAACGCUUGGUAAGAAUAAAAUACUCCAUUUCGGCA